AUGAGUGGAUGGCAAAAUCGGCUUGGUCCUCAAGGAAGGGCACUUCUCAACGGUAGAAGAAUAGCUGCUACACAUUCUGGACCCUCGUUUGAGCCUUCUUAUUCCUCGGUUCAUCCGCAAGAUUUGGACUUUUUGGUCAACGAUUUGAGAAACCCUCCAAAAGAUAUCACUGUUCGCCAUAUUUUGAGCUACUUGUACCAGUAUGUUCCGUAUGUGAAGAAACAGCACAAUCUCCGAGUAAUAAUCUCUAGCUUUCUCAACAAUCCCUUGUGUUUUGGUCCACUGGCAGACUUUGAAAAUAACUACUUGAUUAUCGAGGUGUUCAAGUUGAUCACCGAUACUAAAUUAAAAGUUUCACGACCCACGUUGAGUGUUAAGGACUGGUAUAUCAUUGUGGCACGAGAACUUACCAACUUUGUCUCAUAUUCACCUCAAGAAAAUGGAUGGAAAGUGCUUCCUAUCAUUGCUGGUAUCUGCCUCUCCAACAAAUUGAGAGACGAAUUGUAUACCCAUGCUAACGUUUUGCAGUACAAAUGGUUCUUCAAGGAGUGGGAUGACCGUAUGCAUACUCUUUUCAGGAAAUCUUUGGAUUAUUCCCUUUCUUCGUCGCUUCCUGCGACGAUCACCAAUUUGAGUCUAAUUUGUCUUGCAGUAAAGUACAACAAAGACGAGAAUGUGAAACGAUACAUCCACAAGGAGCGAAUUCCAUACAUUGUAGCGGGGUUGUCUGAGCUCAUCUUGACGAAUACGAGCGUAUAUCAGAGGUUUUUUGAGGUUGACCCAUCGCUGGAUUGCGAGCAAUUCAUCCAAGCAGAAAUCUUGCAGAAGCCCGUUCCAAAAAAUCUCAACCGCCUUUCGUUCCUUUUAGAAAACUGCCUCAGCGAACUUUCGAUCAACGACGGCUGUAAUGACUUGAUAAUUCAGGUUCUAGACAACAUAAUCUCCUUCAACAGGACCCUCAAUCAUUUGACCCGAAACUCUCAGUUCAAUCAACCUCCACCUCCUAGUUCUGGAGAGUCUGGUCCACACGAGCAAUUUUGGUUCCACAUGAAGACAAUUCUUUUUGGCCAGAUCCUAAUCUUUCAAGGUAUUUUGAACAGAUUCUUAAAGUCUAGCACUGAUAGUGGUCUCACCUUCUUUGCUAACCCAUUUAAAAGACAUGUGCCAUACUUAGUGGAAAGAGAAUAUCGUGAGAUCUCCUUAAAGAUAUUGCAAAACCUAUACUACAUAAACCACAUUCUAGUUUCCAUUGGUCAGGGUGGCUUUGAUAGUUACAAUUUCGUAUAUUACUUGUCUCUUGAGUUGGCACUCAGCGAGGACCUGUCAACAAGAAGAUUUGAACACAUGACUCGGACUAUGAUAAGUCAUUAUGAAGAGAUCAACUCCAAUCCCCACGUUCUCAAUCGAGACUAUGUUGCAAGAGCAAAAGUUCUUUUUGUGUUCGGAUUAUGGGAGAACUAUUUGCAACAGAACAAGAAAAACGAUGGAUACAUCCAUGAGGUGAUUUACGACACAACGUUUCAUCUCGUGCGAGCAGACUUGUAUAAUGACCACGCAAUGAUCGAAGCUGGACACUCGGUGCUAUUGAAUUAUUUCUCCUACAAGAGGGAAGUGGUAGACAUCAACGAAUCGCUCAAAUAUGUGAAGUUACUUUUUCUGCAAUUUCCUUCGAUUCUUUCUUCGAACCAAUUGAGCAUUGCUAUCGAGACUCUAGGGAAGAAGGUUCUUUCUCGUCCGGUGGUAUAUAAAGACGGCCCGUUCAGAAAUUCGGUGGAAGAGUUUCUUUGGUUUUUGUUAGAUGAAUGCAGUGCAACACCGUCUGGUAUGCCGGUAAUCUCUAAAGACAAUGCCUUUUCAUCGGCUCAGCCUGUAUCCGAGAUAGACGCAGCAUCUACCAUGAGCCAUAUCGACGAGAAAUCAAGCCCAUCGACUGACAUAAUUGACCAGAAUAAGAAGAAGAAACCGAAAGAUAGAGUCAAGUAUGCAUUUCUUCCUCCAAAGACAAAGCACCGACCCACACACCGCACAGUUUCCGAAACCUCUCGCGAGGCUCUUAUAUCGUCAUUCAUCAACUUGGUUCCCUACUUUCCACUCUCUAGUUUCACAUUUUGGUUAGACGAAAUCAAGAAGCAAAUCGACGUGAGUAAUGGACCAGAAAAAGAGUACCUCACAGGUGUUUUAUGGAAAGUUUUGAGCGAAAAUUUGGACUUGAAUCGGUGUGCGAUCGCAUUCGAGUGGUGGUAUGAAGGUGUUAGAGCCGUGGAAAGGCCCGAGAUGGAAGUAAAGUUGUAG